UCUACCGCCCUCCUCCCUCUCCCUCCCCUCCCCCUCCCUGGCGUCAUCAUGUAAACACACGGCAGUACUUAGGCCUCUUUUAGUUAAUUCCGUCUGAAUUUGCUGGAUAAUUUGUUGUCCCGCUAUCUAUCAUUAUGGGCAAAAGGCAAUGUCCGCCUUGUGAGCAGGGCGAAAGAGCUCACCGGAUGGUGCGUCGUGUCCUGCGAAAACAGGUCGAAGGAGAUGUGGCUGCUGCUCGCAGAAUGCAGGAGGAUGUAGGAGUGAACGAAGAUGUAGAGGAGGUACCCGGGCCAGCUGCUUUGCAGAACGAAGAGAACAACAGGAUUGAUGGCAAUGUCAACAUGGGAUUGGAGGAGGGGGAGAUAGUUGGAUAUGUCCAGGGAGACGCUGAAGUUCUGAAUGAGGUUGGUCGGAGGGCAGCUCAUCAGCCUAUUGUUGAACCUGCUCAGGGGAUCAACAACCCUCCCCAGCCUCAAGCUCAAGGUGCGAGAAAUCUCCCCCCUAAUGACAACGAAGGACCAAGAUUGGUCAACGACAACAAUCCUUACGACAAUGAGGAAGAAAUAUCAGGUGAUGAUUUUUCGGAUGAAGAGGAAGAUGACAACUUUGGAAACCAACGUCUCUACAAUGGGGCUCCAAUUUAUGUCAGAGACAGUAUGAUAAUGGUGUUGAAUCUCAUGUUGAACCACAAUCUUACACGUUCUUGUGUAGAAGAUUUGCUACAGUUAAUCAACUUCCAUUGCCCCCGUGCUGGAUUGCAUCGCCUGAGCUACUUCAAGUUUAACAGGUUCUGCGCAAGCUCAAAGCUUGAAAUGAGAAGGAAAUUUUACUGCUCUUUCUGUUUUACAGCUUUGGCAUCAAGAGAAGAAUUGUGCCCAACUUGCAGAGAAGAAAAGGAGAAAGCAUAUUUUGUGCAGCUGCCCUUGUUACCCCAACUGCGUGAGUUAUACAAGCGGCCAUCAUUUUACAACAGUCUGCAGCAUAGGCAUGCGAGGGUGAGAGAACCUGGUGCUCAUUACUUUGAAGACAUAUAUGAUGGUAGUGUUUAUCAAGAGCAUGUACAAGGUGGGUUCUUAAAUGACCGUAAUAAUAUUUCACUCACUUGGUACACAGAUGGUGCUCCAGUAUUUAAUUCUAGAAACUACAGUAUUUGGCCUUUUAUGUUUAUGAUUAAUGAACUUCCAUACAAAAUGAGAACUCGUAGGGAAAAUUACUUGAUGGCUGGCCUGUGGUUUGGCCCUCACAAGCCAGCAGUAAAUAUUUUUCUGAGAUCAUUCCUUCCUGAUCUAAGAAAAUUGUUCCGUGGAGUAGAUUUCACCAUUGCAGAUUUAGGUGGAAAUGCAACCAGGGUGAGAGCAAUGGUAUUGGCUGGAGUUUGUGAUACACCUGCAAAAUCCUCAUUCUUUAAUUUUAAUGCUCAUAAUGGUUACUACGGCUGUACUUUUUGUGAAAUAAGAGGUGCUCAGGUUCAUCUGCCUGCUCGAGAUGAUCAACCUCAGAAGCGCAAACAUGUGUACCAUUACCAGGAGCUGCUCUCUUUGCGUUCAAUUAAUACUUAUGAGCAAUUGGCAAGGGCAGCUGUUGAUUCUCCUGAUCCUGUGCUUGGAAUUAAAGGCCCUACUGCCCUUCACCUCUUCAUGCCAGAUUUUUUAAAAGGGGGUGCUAUAGAUCCAAUGCACCUUGUGACUGGGGUAUCUCGCAAGCUGCUGAAGAUUCACUUUGAUUCAAAGUGGUCAAGGGAAAGAUAUUCAGUGAGGCACCAUAUGGGUGAAGCUGACCGGCUGUUACUACUGAUUAAACCUCCUAGGUUUAUUCAUAGGAGGGCUCAAUCUCUAGAACUGCUUCAUCGCUGGAAAGCUUCUCAACUUUUUGCUUGGAUAUAUUACUAUUCCAUUCCAAUUUAUAAACAAAUUUUGACCCCAGUUUACUUUUUUCACUACCUGAAGUUUGUUGAAGCAGUUUCACUUUUGAAUUCUAAUGUGGUGUCAGCUGCAGAGAUAAAUAGAGCUGAGACGCUUCUCAAGGAAUUUGUCAGAGACUUUGAGCAAUUGUAUCACAUUAAACAUUGUUCUAUUAACAUUCAUUUACUUUUACAUCUACCAGAUUGUGUUAGGCGUCUGGGUCCUUUAUGGGUGUACAGUUGCUUCCCCAUGGAAAAUUUGAAUGGAUUAAUGCUUGCGAAUAUCCAUGGAAAAACUUCUGUUGACUCUCAGUUAUGUAAUUCAUUUUGGAAAGUACUUUGUCAAAACCGACGAUUGCAUGAAAUUCCAGAUGGUGAACUUAAAGAAUUCAUUACAAAGCGUAGAAAGUCUGUGAAAAUACAGGAUCGGGUUUUUCAGGGAUGUUACAGUGUAGGAGAUUACAGCGAAGCUGUUGCCAAUGAUCAAAUUUUUGUUAAUGCCUUGAGGGAACAACAUGGCAAUGAUGGCCCUGUGUCACUCUACUUCCGUCUUCUUAAAGACAGAUUACUGUAUGUGGCUGAGCGUUAUGAACGUGAUCUUGCCAGCAAAUCAUCAUAUGUCAUGUAUGAUUACCGUGGGACUAUUUGCUAUGGAAUGAUUGAGUUAUUUAUUCGUACACCGUGCCACUGUGGAGAAGCAGUCUGUUUAUGUGUUACUCGGCAUUUUGCUGUAAUUCGUCAGUUCCAAAUAGUAGAUUAUUUUAGAAUACCUUACUAUGCAGAUUUCCCACUAAAACACAUUCAUCGUGUAGUGCAAGGUAAUAAUUUGCAUGUUGUUCCUGUGCAACAUUUGAAAACAGUGUGUGUUUACAUACCAGUAUAUAAUCAAAUAUUCCUAGCAAGACCUUUAAAUUUACAUGAGUUAAUAGAAUGACCGUUUUUAUCUUUUCUGCUAGUACUUUUAAAUUAUCCAUUUAAAAUGUUGACUAGAAUGUAUUUUGUGAAGGUUGUUUGCAAACUGUGAUUCUUUUUUUAAAAAUAAAAAGAGUCACAUUGUGUGUAUUCACUGCCUUCAGUUUUCAGCUAUCCCUUU